AUGCCGGUGGAUUUGACUGAAGUGCCACUCAAUUUAGUACAAGUACCACGAACCAGUAUUCUCGCGCGCAUUCCUUUCUUCCGCAACUUCCUACGUGCAGUACGUCCGAAUACACAUGUCGGUCGUAAGUCGGAUUAUCGUAGUGAAUUCGAUGAAAACUAUAUAAAUUAUCAUGGCGCUCAAUUGUGGAAGGUCAUGUUUAAUACAACGCGUAAGCCCAGUGAGCACACCAAGCAUACCGAAGCGAUGCAGACGUUUGUGGAGAAAUUUGCUCGCAUUAUGCUAGCAGUAAAACAUUUGCAACAAUAUUUGAUUUUAAUUAUACCAUUGCUUUUAUUGCUAAAUUUACCGACGCCAAAUUGUCGGGCUCAUCAUACGAAUCAUACGAAAUUUCUACUACUGCGCAGCAUUCCCGGUUUUCCUACGGUCUUCAUUUCGAGUGAUGAAUUAUACGACAAUACAGUGGAGAGUUUGCAAUGGCUGAUGCCAAUGGAUAUACGUCAACUGAAUGUUUUCUCACCACAAUCCUCAUAUCAGAUUAAUCUGCGAUUUCGUAAUAGUAGCUCAGUGAAGCGUUACUACGGUUAUCAAUUGUGGAAAAUACAUGAAAACGAUAUUGAAAACAAAGAGCUUAGAACAUUUUGGAAGCAUUUCGGCACUGAAGUGUGGAAUAUAAAUCAAGACGGAAUUGAUGUUUUAAUUGAUUAUAGAAAUACCGCAAAAGCCAAAGAUUUCAUAGAAAAAACUGAUUUCACCUACAACAUUAUGAUCGAAGAUAUCGAAACGGCUAUCGAUGAGACAUAUACGGAAGUGAAUAACAGUAAUUCAAAUAUGCCGUGGUUGGAUAGAGAUGAUACGAUCCUGAACUGGAAUCGUUACCAUGAUAUUGGUGACAUUCAGCAAUUUUUACAACACAUUUUAGAAACCUAUCCGGAUUUGGCGGAGAUCGUCCAAAUUGGUGUGACGCAUCACAAACGACCAUUAGAAGUGUUGCGCAUCUCCAAUGGCAAUCCGAAGAAUUGGGCGGUUUUUAUAGAUGCUGGUAUGCAAGCACGCGAUUGGCUCAGUCCUGCCGCACUUACUUCUGCCAUUUCUAAACUCACCUGGCUGUGGGAGCAAGCGCCAGCUGCUAUGCGCAAUAUUGAUUGGUACUUCCUACCAGUGGCGAAUCCCGAUGGCUAUCAAUAUUCACGCAUCACAGACCGUCUUUGGGUAAAGAAUCGUUACUUUGACAGUACGACAGGUUGUUAUGGCGUCAAUUUGAAUCGCAACUAUGAUUAUCAGUGGGGCGGAGCGGGUUCAUCUGAAAAUCCAUGCAAAAAUCUAUAUAGAGGACCGAAAAAAUUCUCCGAACCGGAAACGAAGGCGAUAAGAACUUUCAUGCAUAAUAUGCGUGAAUUUUUAGGUGCAUACAUUUCUUUCGGCGCUUACGGGCAGGCAAUCACCUAUCCAUGGGGUGAUGCUGACUAUGUGACGGAUAAUCAACGGAGACUGCACAAUGUAGCGCGACGUGCAAUGUUGAAUUUCCGCAAAUUGAACCAAGCCGAGUACCGUGUGGGUACUAGCUAUCGACUGAAAUUGGCACGCGCUGGCAACUCGGCCGAUUGGGUGCAGCAGCGCAUUAAUCCACAAUACGUUUACAAUGUAUUUCUGAAGGACCAAGGGCGCUAUGGCUACUUGAUGCCGCCGCAUUACAUUGUGGAAUCGGGCGAAGAGGUAUACGAAUUUAUGAAGACAAUAGCAGCGGCACUAAAUUGAAAGCAAGCCAAACUAAACAAAAAAAAAAAAAAA